CUGCUGUUGUUGCUGACGGAGCAUUUGGCUGUUGCACCGUCUAGUCUGGCCGGAAUCGAGGUGGAAUACGUACUUAUUAUAAGCAUUGAAGAAGCUGCAGACAUGGGGGGCUCGCAGAGUUUCGAGAUUCCCGGCGGAGGUUCCGAGGGUUAUCAUGUGCUCAGAGUACAAGAGAAUUCUCCAGGACACCGGGCAGGGCUGGAGCCAUUCUUUGACUUCAUUGUUUCAAUUAAUAACACACGAUUGGUCAAGCAGGGAAUUUCAGCUCCUUCUAAUGCUGAACCGAAUAAAGACAAUGACACCCUUAAAGACCUGUUGAAAGCGAAUGUGGAGAAGCCAGUGAAAAUGUUGGUGUACAGCAGCAAAACACUUGAGCUGAGAGAAACUACAGUGACCCCCAGUAACAUGUGGGGAGGGCAAGGAUUGCUUGGAGUCAGCAUUCGUUUCUGCAGCUUCGAGGGUGCCAAUGAAAAUGUCUGGCAUGUACUGGAAGUGGAGCCAAAUUCCCCAGCUGCACUGGCAGGCCUGCGACCCCACACUGACUACAUUAUUGGUGCAGACACUGUCAUGAACGAGGUAUCAGAAGAUCUUUUCUCGCUCAUAGAAACGCAUGAAGGAAAAGGCCUGAAACUAUAUGUGUACAACACAGACACUGACAGUUGUCGAGAAGUUGUCAUAACACCAAACACUGCAUGGGGUGGAGAGGGCAGUCUAGGCUGUGGAAUCGGUUACGGCUACUUACACAGGAUACCUACUCGUCCAUUUGAAGAAGGAAAGAAGUUAACUCUACCAGGACAGAUACCUAGCGUUCCGGUCAGCCCACUGAAAGAUGGCUUUACAGAGGUUCAACUCUCUGCUGUUAGCCCAACACCUGCUGUGCCUUCUGCACCUGCAGGAAUAGAAGAAGGGCUAUCGGGCCUUUCCAUCAGUUCAGCUCCCUCUGCUGUAACUAAUGUGCUCGACACAGGUGUCCCAACAGUACCGCUGUUGCCUCCACAUAUAAAUCCUGCAAUGGGUACAAUGCCACCACUAAACCCUGCUACUACAUUACCUGGUUUCAUGCCAUUACCAUCCGGUCUACCUAGCCUACACAAUUUGCCAAAUUUGAAUAUAACUUUACCAAAUCUUACUCCAAUUUCAUUACCAGGAGUUGGAAGAUUACCUGUGUCGACAGCUGGUUUCUCCCAACUUCAUCCACUGCCACCAUUGAACCUGCCUGGUAUGGCUCCUCUGCCAAUGCCUAGUGUAUUCCCCACCCAGUUCCCUCUAGUCACUGGUGUAACAACUGUUCCAACUAAGUUAAAUUCUUCUUUUAACGCUGCUGCUGCCACAGCUCCAAUGGAGCAAAUUCCUGCCCUUGUCUUUGAUGCAACAUCAGUUUCUAAUGAAAAGGAAACAGAACCAACGGUAACCAGUGGAGCUCAAUCUUCUGAAUCCACAGAUGCACAAGUUUCUUCAGAAUCCUCCUAACGACUUUGCCUUGACAGAGCUGGAUUUGUUUAGCAUAUUUAUUUAGCCACAGAAAAGAUACUGAAACCCACAAGAUUACGUAGGACAGAAUAGUCUAUUUGGUUUCUUUAUAAUCCUGUAAACAAUGAGGAGAACGUAAUCAUUUGGUGUCUACGUUUGGCGAAAAGGGUGUUCUGAAAGUGGAAAGCAGAUAUCCAAAAGUAUGUUAAAGGAAACCUAGCAUAAUCAUCUAAUAGGUUUAAAUGCAUAUUUCAUCACAGUAUAUGUACACAAUUAUCCAAGCCUUCUCGGCCUAUAUUGUGAUGGCUUAGUUGACAUUUCCUCUGCAAUUUCUCUAAUUUGGUGGAAGACUACAGUGUGAUUGGAAAGGGUUAUCUUUGUUGCUUUGUUUAAAUGGAUUGUACAUUUAUUUUAUCACAAUGGAUUUAAUUCCAUCAAGGAUAUUUUAUUACAUAUCAGCAUGUACACUGUUAGUCUUGCAUUUCUUUAUCCAGUCUUUGCAAUCCACAAGAUAGUCUUUUGUUCAAUUAAUAUGAAGUGUGUGCUGUAUGUUAAGUAUGCUUCUGAAAUGUUUCCCAACCCACUAUAUGAAGCCUUUGGAAACGUGGAAAAUGGAACCAAAGUUAUGUAUAGCUGGGAACCAGAAGGUGGCACUGUAGGCGGCUGGUCAUUAAAACUGUUCUAAAACUUGUUAACAUAAGUAAGCAAUAAACAAAUGGAAUUUUA